AUGACAAAGAGCAUGAGAGAAAGGAGAAAUGAUGAUGGAUUCCGCUUGUCAGAUAAUAGAAGACGAGCAGAAUCACUUCAAAUAGCACGACAAAAUGAUGAAUUUAAAAACGAAGAAAAUAAAAGAAGAGCUGAAGCUCUUAUGAUUGAACGACAAAAUGAUGAAUUCAAAAAAGAAGAAAAUAAGAGAAGAGCAGAAGCUCAUAAAAUUGAACGGCAAAAUGAUGAAUUUAAAACAGAAGAAAACAAGAGAAGAGCUGAAGCUCUUAUGAUUGAACGACAAAAUGAUGAAUUCAAAAAAGAAGAAAAUAAGAGAAGAGCAGAAGCUCAUAAAAUUGAACGUCAAAAUAUUGAAUUCAGAACACAGGAAAAUGACAGAAGACUGAAUUCACUGAAAAUUAAACGUGAAGAUGAAGAAUACAAACAGGAAGAGAGAAGAAGAAAUGCAUCAAGAAUGCGUAUGAGUCGAGAUAAAUACGAAAAUAAUUUUCAUCUCAUGAAAUUAAAUUAUGAAUCAAAAAUAAAAGAAGGACCUACUCACAUUUGCAGUUGUUGUGGCGGUUUAUGGUUCGAAUAUUCAAUCAAAGAAAUCACAGUUGAGAUGUUGAGAAAUAAAGGAUUACCAAAAGAAUUUAUUGAUACAGUCUGUUAUCUCAAAAAUGCAAUCAUUAAAUUAUGUGUUACUUGUAUAAAGGACAUUAUGUCGAAUAAAGUACCUAAUCUUUGCCUAUCUAAUGGUUUAGCAUUCUAUGAAAUACCAGAUUGUUUGAAAAUCUUGACUGAAUUAGAAGAACGAUUAACAUCACCAAGAAUUCCUUUUAUGGUGAUUCGAACGUUAGGCUUCUGUAAACAGUUUGGUCUCAAAGGUAAUCUGGCCAAUGUUCCGAUGAAUGUUGACACAAAUGUUUCGGUCUUACCAAGAAAGUUUAGCGAUACCCAUACAAUCCAACUAAAACUCAUGAGACAAAUGAAAAAUAAAAACGCCUUUAUGUAUGAAACAAUUCGACCAAAAGUUGUACAUACAGCUGUUAAAUAUCUUGUCGAACAGGAGCUAUAUAAAGGCGAAGGUAUCAUUAUAUCCGAUGAUUGGUUGAAUGAGUAUUCUAAUGAACGAGAAAAUUUCAUUAUUAAAGAUGAAAAUAAAAAUAUUGAUGCGAAUGAAAUCAUGAAGGAAUCAGAAUUUGAUGAUAAUGAUGCCAAUUGGAAUGAAUCCGAUGAUAAACCAAUCGAUCCAGUAGCUACCGAAACAUUAUUAAAUGAUGAGAUUGAAGAUCAGAAUGAUAUCGGUAUUAAAUUUGCUCCAGCAGAGAAUAAUAGACCAAUAUCAAUUUUGAUGUAUAUGAAAGUUGAUGAAUUAACAUUUCCAAAAAUUUAUUGUGGUAAACAAAGAAAAAUCAAAGAAAAUGUUAAAUUGACUUACGCUAAAAUUGCUAAGUCAGAAUUAAGAAUGUUCGAUCGAAGAUGUGGUAGAAUAUCGAAACUAUUUUUUACCUAUAAGAAAUUGCAAACGAGAAAGUUUUCAGAUGCUAUUUCAAUAACUCUAAGAAAAACAAAAAAUACAAAAAAUGUAACUGUUGCACAAAUACUCAAUCGAGAUUAUGUCAAUGGGUUAAUACAUAAUGAUGACGCUUUCACAUUCUUGAGAUGUGAUCGAUCAUCACCAGCAUUCUGGGAACUGAAAAAAAAGGAACUUAUGGCCAUGAACAGGCAAUUAGGUUGUGCUACAAUCUUUUUGACUUUAUCAGCAGCAGAAACAAAGUGGUCAGAACUUAUUGUAAUAUUGGCUAAAGUGUUGGGAAAUAAAGUCAUAACAUUAGAAGAAGCAGAGAAUAUGAGCUAUGAAAAGAAGUGUGAUUUGAUAAAAAAAGAUCCUGUAACAUGUGUUCGUUAUUUUGAACAUAGAAUAAAAUGUCUAUGGGAAAUAUUAUCAGCUCCUUCUGGUCCAUUUCAAGGCUACGAACUAGAAGACAAAUAUGUCAGAAUUGAAUUUCAAGCUCGUGGUUCACCACAUGUUCAUGCCUUGAUAUGGUUAAAAAAUGCUCCAAAAUACGACAAAAAUAAACCUGAAUCAAUUAAAGAAUGUAUAGAAUUUAUUGAUAAACUGAUUUCAGUUAGUUCGAAACCAACACAAUUUUCUGAAGAACUUAUAAGUUUGCAACGUCAUAAACAUUCACAUACCUGUAAAAAAUAUGUGAACGGUUGUAUUAAAUGUCGUUUUGUUAUUCCAUAUUUUCCGAUGAGAGAAACUAUGAUUUUGGAACCAUUUAGUAACGACGAAAAGUUAACUAAAAAAGAACGUGAAGAAAUAAAAUAUAUUAAAAUGAUUCGAGCUGACUUAAAAAAAGCAAAGGUCUUCUUGAAACGUGCUCCAAAUGAAAUGCGAAUCAAUGCAUAUAAUCCACAAAUAAUGUCAUUACACAGAGCAAAUAUGGACAUUCAAUUCAUUCUUGAUCCUUAUGCAUGCUUAAAGUACUGUGUUGAAUACAUCAACAAAUCUGAAAGUGGCAUGUCUAAACUUCUACGAGAAGCAUUGAACGUGUUAAAAAAAGGCAAUAACACAGCCAGAGAACGUCUUAGAGUUAUUGCAAAUAAAUUUUUGAAUUCAAGUGAAAUUUCUGCACAAGAAGCUGUUUAUCAUAUUUUAAGUAUUCCACUUUCCAUCAGUAGCAGAAGUACUGUUUUUAUUAAUACAAACAGACCUGAAAAUAGAAUUUCUAUGCUCAAAUCAGAUGAAAUUCUUCAAAAAUUGGAGCCUGGUUCAAAAGAUGUGUUUAUUGAGGGCUUAAUUGAGAUGUAUGUUAAUAGACCUGACGAAAUGAAAAAUGUUUGUCUGGCUGAUUUUGCUUCGAUGUAUAAUAUUUCAAAGAAAAAAACAGAUAAUGAUCGAAUUAUAGAAAAUUCUGAUGACGAAGAUAUCACUGAAAAUGAAAGUGAUAAUAAAAUUGCUCCUAUGAAAAUGAAAAAUGGAAAUACUGAAGGUGAUAUUUUUGUUGAAAUGGGAAUAAAUACUCGAACUGGAAAAGUCGAACACUUUAAUGUUCCCAAAAUAAUACCAGACACAGAAUAUCAACAAAUGAUGAGAAAUCUUAAUAAUAAUCAAAGGAAAUAUACUCUAAACGUAAUGAAUUUGAUUAAGAAUGGUGAAAAUCAAUUUUUUCAUUUCAUCAAUGGAGGUGCAGGUGUUGGCAAAAGCACUCUAAUCAAAGCAGUGUAUCAAUCAAUACUAAGAUUUUAUAAUUCACUUCCAGGAUAUUAUCCAGAUAGUAUUCGGGCUGCACUAUGUGCACCAACUGGCAAAGCAGCAGCAUUAAUUGAUGGAAUGACUUUGCAUUCAUUUUUAAGUUUACCAGUAAAUCAAUGCAAACAUAAGCUUGUUCAACUAAAUAGCGAUGUUUCGAAUAGAAUUGGAGUCAAAUUAAAAGACUUGCAAUUAUUAAUAAUAGACGAAAUAUCAAUGGUUGGUUUUACAAUGUUUCAACAAGUUGAUGCACGUUUGCAGCAAAUAAUGAGAACAAAGAAACCAUUUGGUGGAAUAUCAGUCAUAGUUUUAGGCGAUUUCAAUCAAUUAAGACCAGUUGGUGAUAAAUACAUAUUCCAGUUUAAUAAUUCAUAUAAUGCUUUAGUAGAUAGUCCAUUAUGGUCAUUAUUUGAAUUAUUUGAAUUAACAGAAAUUAUGAGACAAAAGGAUGAUAAGACUUUUGCCAUUGCAUUAAGUAAUAUCGGUAAAGGAACAAUGACAGGUGAAGAUAUUCAUCUGUUAAAGUCACGAAUUGUUUCAACUGAAAAUUUGGAAACGAUUGAAGAUGCCAUAAGGAUAUUCAGAAGCAAUGCUGAAGUUGAUGCAUACAAUACAAAAGUAUUGGCUAAUCUUAAUACUGAAGGUGCAACUGCCAAUGCAUAUGACUUUUGUAUUGGUGAUGGACUUGUAUCAUUAAAAGAAAAAGUGUUGAACAACGUAAAGAAUCUCAAAACAACUGAAACUUGUGGCUUACCACUUAAAAUCGAUUUGAAAGUGGGCGCUAAGUAUAUGUUGACAGUCAAUUCUGAUACGGAAGAUGGAUUAGUCAAUGGUGCUUGUGGAAAAUUAGUAAUGAUUGAUUACGGAAAACUUCAAAAAACUAAUGAAACAGUACCAUGUAGAAUAUGGAUUAAAUUCAAUGAAGAAAAAACUGGAAGAAAAGCUAGAGCCAAUUUUCACAAUGUAAUGCGUAAUAAAAAUAUUGAUUCUAGUCUUACACCAAUCGAACCAGUAAUACGUCAAAUAAAUACGAAGUCAACGAAUUUCAAAGUAGAACGAAAGCAGUUUCCAAUAGUACCUUGUGAAGCUAUGACCAUAUACAAAAGUCAAGGCGGUACUUACGAGAAGGUUGUUGUCAAUUUGAAGAAGGGAAUGACAAGAUCUGAAUUAUAUGUUGCUUGUAGUCGUGCAACAAAAGCAAGUGGUUUAUACUUAAUUGGAGACUUCGUUCCACCAAAACCACCUGAACGUAAUGAUGCAGUGACGUUGAUGUUCAAAACUAUGAGAUCCGAGCGAAUGCUGAAAUUUUUGCUUGCAUUUCCUGAAGAAUCUGAAGAGAAAAAAUUUUCCAUUAUCGUUCAUAAUGUACAAUCAUUGAAUAAGCAUAUUUCAGAUGUUAAAUUUGACAAAACAGUUUUGUCUUCUUCCAUGAUAAGUCUUGUUGAAACAUGGACAAAACCA